AACCGACGGCCAACGCGGACAGGGCGGGCUCCCCGCAGGGCGCCGGCGAGGGUGCCUGCCGGGGGCGGAGCCGCAGCGGAGCGGCCCGUCCCUUUCCGCGCAGCCGCAGGCCCCGCCCCGUCGCCGCCGCCGACCGACUGCAGGCGGAGGGAGAGCCGCUUCCGUCAGCCUCCGACGAGGGCUGGCCGUGGGCGCAGCUCUGGGCCCGAGAUGGCGGGUGUCCACCGCGAGCUGCAGGAGUACCUGGCGCAGGGGAGAGCCGGCGGGGCGGCCGCCGAGCCGCUGCUCGCCGCGGGAACAGCGGAGGAACCCGCGGCGGGGGCGGGGCGGGGCCGCGCGGGCCUGCGCUGGGCGUGGGCGCGGAGCCCGGCGGAGCCGGAGGCGGGCCCGGCGUGCCUGCCGAGCGUAACGCGCGCGCAGCGGCUGGCGGCGGCGGGCGCGUGCCUGCUGCUGGCCGCGCUCUGCUUCGGCCUGGCCGCGCUCUACGCACCCGCGCUGCUGCUGCGCGCCCGCAAGUUCGCGCUGCUCUGGUCGCUGGGCUCGGCGCUGGCGCUGGCGGGAGGCGCGCUCCUGCGGGGCGGCGCGGCGUGCGGGCGUCUGCUGCGCGGCGAAGAGGUGCCGUCGCGGCCCGCGCUGCUCUACGCGGCGGCGCUGGGCGUCACGCUGUACGCGGCGCUGGGCUUACGCAGCACGUGGCUCACGGCGCUGGGCGCCGGCGCGCAGGUGGCCGCGCUGCUGGCUGCGCUGCUGGCGCUGCUCCCGCGAGGCGCCGGCCCCGCGCUCCGCCUGGCGCUCGGGCGGUGGGGCCCGGGCGCCCGCCUCGCCCAGGCGCUGCCCGUGUAGGAGCCGGCGUCGCCGUCGGAGAGCGGGCCGCCCGCCCGCCCGCCAGGCUGUGGACUGGCCGCGCUGAGACGGACGCCAGCGGGUCGGGAGGACCCUCCGCCGCUGCCCGCCGCGGACUGAUGCCCGCGAACAGGACGUGGAGCCGAGCGGACGCGCCGGAGACGCCUGCGAACCGCCUUUGCGCCGAGCGCGGUCCUGCGGCCUCGGCGGGGAAACGCCCCCCGGCCCCGCCGGCCUCGGAACCCGGUGGCGGAUGUCGUGUAGCUGCCAUAGCUUGUCAGUGAUUUACCCUCAUUCUUCAGUGUGAGCGGAUCCAUGAAGGGAUGUAAACUUAGCCACCGGACACUUUUAAGUACUUACGAGGGAUCACGCCGUUUUUUUGUUUUUCUUUUACUGAAGUUGUGAAUGUGCUUUAUGAGGUUUGAGGAAAGCCACGGACCUAACAAUCUGUGUUGCUGCCCGGCCGGCGCGCGCGGUGGCGGCGCCAGGAGGCCACGGUUUGGUCAGGAAACGCUUUAGACGUCGAUUGGAGCGCCACUGACGGCGCGCCCUGCCGGGGAGUCGGCCCUGAAAACACUGAGGACCGGUGUGGAUGCCCAGGCCGGCGGCCGGCCCUACGUGGGCAGGUUCUGCCCCGCGGACCGCGGUCCGCAGGCUGGUGCUCGGAGAGGCCGCUGACGGAACUGAGAAUUCCACAACCAGAGCUCCCAUGUUUGAUGGAAACCGGUCACGUAUAAUCUUAUUUUAUCUGCUUUUGAAGCGAACUGUAGGCCAAUCCUAAUGCAAUGUACGAUGCUUUUCAUAUCUCAUUGAGUUUCCUUUUAGGUUCAGCACGUUUUCUGACUCGAUUGCACACCUGAAUUUAUUGCCAGAAAGUACGGGCCGGGUAUUCUGAUAAGCCCAUAAACGCCAUGUUUUGCCACUAUGUGUCAACUAGAAUGAGAAAUGAAUGUAGGACUUUAAAAGCAUUUCGGCGGUUCUCGGUUGGCAUCAGUUACUUGAAGAGCCUCCCUUCAGAUCACUUCCCUCGACCUCGGCGGCUGUCCGAGAGCCUGUGGUUGCUGUGCCCGAAGGUGCAGGGGAUGCAGAUCGCAAGUUGUUCCCUGGGGCUGGGUUCCUGCUGCCUGAACAGGUGUGGCAGGCGGCAGGCGAGCACGGCCUCUGCGCGGAACUCAACCUCCAUAUUCCUAGGCCCUGCGAAUGCCCCUGCCACAGGAAGUGACUAGUGAUGCACCCACAGGCGGCUCGCAGGCUGCUCCCAGCACCCCCUUCCCAGUGUUCUGUUAAGGUAAUGCCUCUUCCUGGACCGGUAAGCAGGGUUACCUACCUCAAGUGGAAAAACCAAGAGGGUGUUUGUAAAAGCAAAUGCAGUUUCCAGGGAGUGAUUUAUUUUUUUAACUGGAAAAUCUUGUGCUACCUGCCAGUUAAAUCUCUAAUUCUAAAUUUCUCUAGAAUUUUCACUACUGAGAUUUUAUCAUAAUUAGCACAUUUUUAUGAUGUUAUUUGUAAAUAUUGCUUUCCCAACAUUUUCUCAAGAAUUCAACACUGAAAAUCUAGCUUUUAUAAAAGUCAAACCACCAUGUAUUUCAAUAGUGAUGUUUUAAAAUGUAUAUAUGUAUCUCCUAAGUAUUUCAUAAAUAUAUAGUGUAGAGAUUUCACUUUUUUCUAAUUGAAUUCAUACUCAAAAUUUGAUCUGGCCUGGCCGGUGUGACUCAAGUGGUUGAGCACCAACCCAUGAACUAGGUCAAGGUUUGACUCCUCAUCAGGGCACACUGCCCUGGUUGCGGGUUUGAGCCCCAGUGGCGGGUAUGCAGGAGGCAGCAGAUCUAUGAUUCUCAUCAUUGACGUUUCUAUCCCUCUCUCCUUCCUUCCUCUCUCUGAACUCAAUAAAAACUUUUCUUAAAUGUGA